UGUGUGCACGGUUCUGAGCGUGGCAGCAGUGUAGUGUAUUUGCUGGGACCUGACCUUGUUGCCUAAAGGCAGUGUAGUGUAUUUUCUGUGCCCCUGAGUGAGGGCUCUUUCCGUCAGUGUAUAUCCAGCUGUGCAAAUGGACACUGUGUGAAAAUGCAGACAGUUGUAACCUGCUCAGGAUAAAUGGCAGUACUGUGUCAAAGUGAGAGGGGCAAGCAUGGAUGUGCUGAAGGAAAAAUACUCCACGUGAAGGUGAAGAGAAGUGUUUUAGACAGUCAUCACUUCAUACAAUUAUGUUUCAUUUUUUCAUAGAACGUAUAGGUAAUGUGGAUGUUUUACACCUCCCAUGCUGUAACCUGUGAAUAGGUUUUUUUCGGGGGUUAUGAGUUCUUAUUGCACGCCUGGAUUAUAUAAUAAAUCUGUGAUAUCGUUCAGAUUAAAUACCACAUAUGUGACAAGGGGGAAAAAAAGUUCAUUCAGUGACAGGAAUCACCAAACUGACUUUCCGUUAUGUCUGCUUCUACACACGCCUAAUUAAAACCACUUUCCCUGAAUAAUGUCAACACAUCCUUUCACGCCACGACCCACCGUCCAUUUUUAUUCCACUUCCAGUAUUGCUUGAGUGCCGAAGCGCGUGUGGUAUUGCAGAAGCCAAGCGGUUAACGAUACACUGUGGAUUUAUUAGCUCUUGUGGAUUAAAAGCUCAUCAACACUCCUAGUGAAUCAAACGUGAGCGACUGAAGACACUAAUAAUUAAGUAGGCUAAAUGAUUUUAAUGAAACGGGCUAACUAACUUCUGUUCGUUGAGUAUAAAAAUGUUUUUGUCUCUUUAAAUGACAUUCAGCAGUACAGCCGCGGUGCGAACGCAAAAGGUGAAGCUUUCUGGGGGCUUCCCAUCGUAGCCUGCCCAAUCUUUGUGGAGACGAAGGCUUGGAUGGCCAGAGGUCGCUAUUGCACAGCCAAGCUUUUGUUGAACUGGUCCAAUCAAUGACAGCUGCUCUUAAAGGAGUCUGUGGCUUUUCACGCUGGAAGCAUGGAUUUAGCCAACUGCACCACCGUGCACCACAAAAGCACCAGCAGCAAGGUCCUGCUGUCCCUGACGCUGUCUCUGCUGGCUGUGCUGACCACUGCCAUAAACUCUCUGGUCAUUGCCGCCAUCGUUGUCACCAGGAAGCUGCAUCACCCUGCCAACUACCUGAUCUGCUCGCUGGCUGUGACGGAUCUGCUGGUGGCCAUCCUGGUCAUGCCCUUCAGCAUCGUCUACAUCAUUAAGGAGACCUGGAUCAUGGGUCAGGCGGUGUGUGCCAUCUGGCUGGGCGUGGACAUCACCUGCUGCACCUGCUCCAUCCUGCACCUGGCGGCCAUCGCCCUGGACCGGUACCGGGCCAUCACCGACGCGGUGGAGUACUCCCGUAAGAGGACGUCCCUGCGCGCCACACUCACCGUCGCCGUGGUGUGGGUCCUCUCUAUCCUCAUCUCCCUGCCCCCGCUGGUGUGGCGGCACCAGGGUAACCACGGCGACGAGUGCCUGAUCAAACACGACCACAUCGCCUUCACCCUCUACUCGACCUUCGGGGCUUUCUACAUCCCGCUGGCGCUCAUCCUGGUACUGUACUACAAGAUCUACCGCGCGGCCAAGACCCUGUACCACAGGAGGGGCACCAGCCGACUCAGCCGGCCGGAGGCGAAUGGCAGCGUGCUCCCCAAGGACUCUGACCGGGACCCCCGCAGCCCGGACCUCCUCAGCCUGCCUGAGAAGUCUUACUCGGACCCUUCCACCGAGGGCGACCGCGUCCGCAUCGCCCUCAGGAGCCCCCGCUUCGAGUCGCGGCGGCAGGGGUCCUUCAAAAAGCAGCGCCUCUCGGGUAGCCGGGAGAAGAGGGCAGCCACGACGCUGGGCCUCAUCCUCGGGGCCUUCAUCGUCUGCUGGCUCCCCUUCUUCCUGAAGGAGGUGAUCGUCAACACCUGCUCCUCCUGCAGUCUGCCUGCCGAAAUGGCCGACUUCCUCACCUGGCUGGGGUACCUCAACUCUCUGAUAAACCCGCUGAUAUACACCAUCUUCAAUGAGGACUUCAAAAAAGCCUUCCAGAAGCUGGUCACAUGCAGAUACUAUCUCUGAUGGAGAAAGAGAGAUAAAGAGAUAACGUGGAAGUAGCUUAUCUUUAAAAAGAGAAACUGAAAUAACAGGAGUUUGUUAUUUGUUUUUAUUUUCAAUAUGAAUGGAAAGUAUCGAUACAAUCUGGACAUUCUGAAAGUUACAACACAAUUGAACGCUGGAAAAUCUUUACAAAAGAGUUUUUGUACAAUACAAUACUGUUGCUUAUCUUACCUAAAUAGACAAAAUAUGGUCAAAUUUAUAAUGUGUAAACUUAGAAACAUUAAAACAGCUCCAUAACUAAUUCUUAUCUCAGACCUACGCAGCUAAUUAUCUUGAGUGAACACAUUUCCAUUGAGACUCUUUUCUUAUGUAUGCAUUGUACAUGUGCUAUUUCUUUUUCUGAAUCUGAAGCAAACUAAAGUUUGUCCAUCUCCACAUCUAAAGAGAGUGUGCAUCUUACAUGCCCCCUGGAUAUUGUGACAUCACACAAUUUUUUGGGUGGACAUCUUGCUUUGGCUAUAAGCUACAACCAGCGCUUGUAAGUACUGUAGUUCAUAAUAUAUUGCACAUCAUAAUAAUUUAAUUGAAGUUCCAGAUUUUGGAUUAUGUUAGUAUGCUAGUUCAUUUUAAAAUGGUAUAUACUGUUGCUGAGCUUCACAAAUGUUAUCUCUUAUCCUUUUAUUGUGUACUUUAUAUAUAUAUUUACAAAUAAUAGAAAAUUGAAUUUUCUUACAUACAUCUGAAAUAGUUAAUAUGUGAAGAAGUUUCCAAAAUACAUUAUAAUUGUCAUCAGGUCGUUUUAUUCUGAAAUCUGUGUGUUAAUUAUAAACAUGUUUAGUUACAAUAUCUAAGGAAAGCUUUUCUGUUCAGGGUUUAGCACUUAACCAUGCCUGUAUACUGUUAAACAACAUAAUUUUGUUGAGAAUUUCAGCAGGUCUAAGUCAUUAUAAAAACAGCAACAAAAAUCAACAAAAUGACAGGGAACAUACUGUACUGGUAGUCUCC